GGUCGCCGCCAUAAUGGGAGAGAGUAUGUGCGGUACUUGUAUACUUAACGUUAUUUUCUAACAAUCGAUGUGGCAGCCAUAUUUGUUUGUCCUACGUAUUUCUUGCUUCGCGCUUUCAAAGGGAAAGCAUUCAAGGGUCAAUUUGCAAUUCCCACCCGGCACACACGGAAGUGAUCAGGCUUACUACUUUCCCUCUAGGAAUACAAAUGGUGUUCCCCCCUUCAGCAAUACCUGAUUUCGAUAGAGCGUUCGCCGAGUCUUUCCUUGCCUUCGUCAUGUCUCUGGAUCCCAAUGAGACCCAGUUUUCAUUCCAGAAAGGACAUCAGGUAGAAAUGCGCUUCAACAGAACGGAGACCGGUGAUCCCGUGGUAUCGCCCUUUAACACGCCGGAAGAUUUGCUUGAUCGAUGCUCGUUUUGGCAAAGUGUAGGGUCCGAAACAGGGCAGUGAAUGUCAUCGGUAAAGGUCGUUAUUUAGUUAGUCGUACCUAUGGUGCGAUGCCAUAAGCGAUCUGUUCUAAUUAAACAUCACCAAUAUCCCUCCUGGACCGUACUCUGAACGCAGGGGAGCACACCUGGAAUGCAUAGGGUAUCAUGUCGGCAGGACUUUCGAGGUCUAGUAUAGAUGAGUGCCAUUUUGCAGACGAUGCAUAUCAGUUUUGCGCUGUAUGGGUAGAGAAUCUUGUCGUCUCGUGCACGCAGCGAGAGUGGUUGACUGUGGACUGCGGCUUUCUCCCAAGUAGUGAUCACAAAAGUGAUCCCGCUCGGCACAUUGUCAUACAAGGUAAGUAGCAGGAAGGCGACAUCAACAGUUCGUUGCUACCCGAUGGAAAAGGUGAGCGAACGUGGGUCUUGUGAUGCAGAACCGUCUACGCGGGCCGGCCCGAGGCAAUAUUAAUAGCUCUCCGACUAAAUUGUUCCGGC